CACUCUGCUGUCAGUCGUCGUCUCGACAACAUGAAGAUUUCAUCUGUGUCUCUGCUCCUUGGUGUGUGUGUGCUGCUGCUGUCUGCACUGACUGUUUCUGCAGUCUCUCUGACCGUCAGUCCAAACCUGCAGCAGUUCUUCACAGGAGCCUCAGUGUCUCUGACAUGUGAAGGUCAGCUGGGCUCUGAUGGAUGGACGGUGAAGAGGGACACAGGAAGUGAGAAUGAGUCAUGUGGAGCAGGUGGGCGGGGCUUUGGGAGGAUAAAUGGUUCAUCCUGUUUUUUGGAUGAGUUCAAGCCAAUCAGUGGAGUUUACUGGUGUGAAGGUGAAGCUGGAGAGAAGAGUGAAGAAGUCAACAUCACUGUAUCAGAUAAACCUGUGAUCCUGGAGAUCCCUGCACUUCCUGUGAGGACAGGAAGUGAUGUCACUCUACGCUGUAAGAAGAAAACUGGUGGCACAGCUGCAGCUUAUUUCUACUGUAAUGGACGUCCUGUUAGACCUAAAUCAGAGAAAAACAUCACCAUUAAUGUGCAGCAGUCUGAAGGUCUCUACUGGUGUUCUACUGAUGAUUUUGGAUCAUCUCCUCAGAGCUUUCUGAGGGUCAGAGGUCCUCCUACACCAACCUCUGUUACUACAACAACAACCUGUGUUACAACAACAGCAACCCUAUCAACAAACUCCAGUUUUACUACUCGUGUUCCUCGUCCUCUUCCCCGCUCCUCCUUCAUCAUCCCACUUGUAGCUACUGUUGGUUCUCUGAUACUUGUGAUUCUGAUUCUGGUUGUACUUCAGCUUCAAUGGAAUAAACACACAGGGAGACACCAGUUAGCUCCUACAAAUGAUGUCACUUAUGCUGAGGUCACCAGUAGAGCGUCUACCAAUAAGAUGCCAGUCAGCCAACCAGAAGUUAUUUACUCCAGUCUGAGGAGGUGAAGGAACCACAGACACCACAGAAGAAGUUAGAAUGUGAAAGAAAUGACAAGUCUUUCUGUGUAAACAGGAAGCUGAGGACAGACCUGCAUAUGUCCUGUGGACACGUUUCACUGUGUCAGUCUCACCGUGGGAACAUUUACAGAGAGUCAUCAGCUUCCUCCUUUCUUCAUUCACUUCCAUUUAAUCCAAUGAAUGGAGUCAUGGUGGCAGCAAGUGGGGAAGAUGUCCUGUUUCCUGUUCCUCCUGUGGAACCAGGAUUGAUGAGGAACUGAAGAAAUCAAACUGCUGCUGGUUUGAUUCUCUGCAGCUUGAACUGUGACAAAGGUCUUCUGCGAGGUGAAGAGUCGUCACUCUCAGGAGCUGCUUCCAUCAUUUCAAACUGAUCAAUACUCUGAACUUAUUAACUCUCAUGUUUGACACAGAGUGUCCUGUGAUGGGCCUCAGUCUUUGACCUUUAUUUUUUGUGUUUUCUAUGGACUAUGUGUUUAUUUGUUCUCUUGUUUGGAUGUUUCCAACAACCUUUGUUCUAUAUCGGUGUCUCUUAAGCUCAGGUUCCAUAAUUUGUCAGAGUCUUCAUUAUUUAUAUUUCUUAUUCUCUAUUUCUUGUUGCUCAUGUUCAUUUCCUUUGUGUCCAGUCUGUGCCAGCCUCUUCUCAAUGUUUUGUUAUUCUUUCAGUAUCUCUGGUCACGUACUUGUGUCUUUCUGUUCUCUGUGUUCGUCUGUUUUUUCUGUGUUCUGUCUCAUGUCUCUCUGUGUUUCAAAUUCCAUCCCUGUGAUUUCUCCCUUCAUGUUCAUCUCUCUGUAUUUUUACUUGUUUGUCCCCUCAGUCAGUCAUGUCUCAGUGUGUUUAUUCUCCGUUCACAUAUAUUAGUCUUGGUCUCUGUGUUUGUAUUUCCUGUGUUAUUUUUAUAGUCUCUCACCCUAUGUGUGCUGUACUAGGUUUUGCUUUGAAAAGUCCUACAUAUUUGUUUAAUAUGUGCAUUAAAGGGCAUAACCUGGUCAACAAUUACUUGCUUCAACUCAAAGCUGGCCAGUUGGACAGGAAACAAAACAAGAUGUUAUUUACAUAUGAGCAUCACACUUGAACUCAAAUACACAAAGAAUCACCUAAU